GGACCAUCUUGCUGUGAGGCGACAGCGCUAACCACUGCACCACCGUGCUGCCCUAACUGUAUAUAAAGAGAAUGAAACCUACUUGUUUUGCCUAAUAUUUUGUAAAUUGUUCCAUAUGUAAUACCCAAGCAGAGAGGAUGUCAGUGUGGAUCUGUCAUGUGAUGAUAGACAGGAUGUAGACAGACACUUGUUGACCUCAGCACGAUCAAAAUAACUUUUCAACCAACAACAGGGUGUGGUUCACCUGCAAAACGUCAAAGAAAUAACUAAACGACUUUGCUUGCCUUUGCUAUCAUGUAAUUAACUGAAACUGACUGCUAUUUUGUGCCUGCAGAGUCACUUUGGUGCCCCUAGGCGACCGCCUGUCGUCACAUUUCUAAAAUAAUGUCCCCACACACUGUGUGCCUGUAUCUGCUGGAGCAAAUGUGUAGUUUCCUGUUCUAAGGAGAUACAUGUCAGCUAAGCUACAGUGGCUACAUGUGCAGGCUUAGUUCUUAGACCUUAGCACAACUAUAAAUCCAUUUUACAGUAUCAGUGUAAGUAGGUGUUUAGGAGGUGAGGACCUAGUUGAAUUACAGUUCCCUCUUCUGGGGAGUAGGGGGGGGCAAUCAUAUCCUGUUCAGGGCCCCAAGAAGUCUUGGACUGUCCCUGUCAGGGGAGAAGACAGGGAGAAGGGGCGGAGAAUACAGAUAGAGUGAGGGAGAGAGAGAGAGAGAGCGAUCGAGAGCACUCUGCGCGCCGUCAGUCGGUCGGUAUGUAGUAGCGGUGGAGCUUCUGUCCGGGAUUUCAAAGAGGGAAAAACGCGCCUUGGAUAGAAAAUAUCACCAGCGGGAUUAUAAAGAAAAUUACCCGAGGAUGAGAGACACACCGUCCGCCUAAAGGAGACUGAAAACACGCCGUUAUUCUGCUCAUUUAUCACCGUUUUUUUUUCGAAAAUGGCGAACGACUCUCCGGCUAAAAGUCUGGUGGAUAUAGACCUGGCAUCCUUGAGGGAUCCUGCUGGGAUUUUCGAGUUAGUGGAAGUGGUUGGAAACGGCACCUAUGGACAAGUCUACAAGGGUCGACAUGUCAAGACGGGACAACUGGCAGCCAUCAAAGUCAUGGAUGUCACCGAGGAUGAAGAGGAGGAAAUUAAGCUUGAGAUCAACAUGCUGAAGAAGUACUCCCACCACAGAAACAUAGCCACCUACUAUGGAGCCUUCAUCAAGAAAAGUCCACCAGGCCAUGACGACCAGCUAUGGCUGGUGAUGGAGUUCUGUGGCGCCGGGUCCAUCACGGAUCUAGUGAAGAACACCAAAGGCAACACACUGAAGGAGGACUGGAUCGCCUACAUCUCCCGAGAGAUCCUCAGGGGUUUAGCUCACCUGCAUGCUCAUCAUGUCAUCCACCGUGACAUCAAGGGACAAAACGUGCUGCUCACUGAAAACGCUGAAGUCAAACUGGUGGACUUUGGUGUGAGUGCUCAGCUGGACAGGACCGUAGGUCGAAGGAACACCUUCAUUGGUACGCCAUAUUGGAUGGCUCCUGAGGUCAUCGCUUGUGACGAAAACCCGGAUGCUACAUACGACUACAGGAGUGACCUGUGGUCGUGUGGGAUCACCGCAAUAGAGAUGGCUGAGGGAGCUCCCCCUUUGUGUGAUAUGCAUCCAAUGAGAGCCCUCUUCCUCAUCCCCAGAAACCCUCCUCCUCGACUCAAGUCCAAAAAAUGGUCAAAGAAAUUCUUCAGCUUCAUUGAGAGCUGCCUGGUGAAGAAUUACACUCAGCGUCCUCCCACUGAGCAGCUUCUUAAACACCCCUUCAUCCGGGACCAGCCCAACGAGAGGCAGGUCCGCAUCCAGCUCAAAGACCACAUCGACCGCACCAAGAAGAAGAGGGGCGAAAAGGAUGAGACAGAGUACGAAUACAGUGGCAGCGAAGAAGAGGAGGAGGAAGCAUCUGAGCAAGAAGGAGAGCCAAGCUCCAUAGUGAAUGUGCCCGGUGAGUCGACUUUGCGCCGUGACUUCAUCCGGCUGCAGCAGGAGAACAAGGAGCGUUCAGAGGCGCUGCGUCGCCAGCAGCUCCUCCAGGAGCAGCAGCUCCGUGAGCAGGAGGAGUACAAGCGCCAACUACUGGCCGAGAGGCAGAAACGUAUCGAGCAGCAGAAGGAGCAAAGGAGACGGCUGGAGGAGCAACAGCGACGUGAGCGCGAGAUGAGGAGGCAGCAGGAGCGAGAGCAGCGCCGACGUGAGCAGGAGGAGAAGAGACGCAUCGAGGAGAUGGAACGACGCCGCAAAGAGGAGGAAGAGCGCAGGAGGGCCGAGGAGGAAAAGAGGAGGGCCGACCGAGAACAGGAGUACAUCCGCCGUCAGUUGGAGGAGGAGCAGAGGCACCUGGAGAUCCUGCAACAGCAGCUGCUUCAUGAACAGGCCAUGCUGCUGGAGUAUAAAUGGCGGGAGCUCGAGGAGCAACGCCAAGCCCAGAAGCUCCAGAAACAGCUGCAGCAGGAGCAGGCCUACCUCCUGUCCCUCCAGCAAAACCAGAACCUGGACAGUAGCAAAACAGCUCAGCAACAGAGCACCAAACCCCCACAGAGCCUCGAAAAGGACAGGCUAAAGCCCCCGCAGAACCCUGAAGCAGAUACGUCAAAACAACCACAGAGUGCUGACUUUGAAAAGACAAGGUCCAGUCAAAAUCACAGUCUGGAGAAAACUACAGAAACCAAGCUACGUGCCGCUGACCUCCAAGGCCCUGCUGCUGACUCUGAGCCAGUCAGAGAGGCUGAUGAGCGAUACAGGAAGAACAUCCAGGGUUCUCCUCAGUCAGCUCAGACCAAACCACAGCAGCCUCCGGUGCCACCACGCUCCGAAUCUUCCUACCCCAAUGGGAACUCGGCGUCCGAGGCGCCUGCCAUGCACCGGCCUGUGGAACCGCAGGUGCGCUCUCAUCUGGCUGCUUUAAAAAGCAGUGGCAGCGUGGCCUCGUCAAACUCUUCUGCUACCACCCUGCCCAUUGUGUCGCGGUCGCAGUCCUUCAGCGAGCCGCUCGCUAGCUUUGAAAAUCUACACCUUCGCAACAGCCAAGAACCCCAUCAACACCAUCACCCUCCAUCUUCAUCACCAUCCUCGUCAUCAUCAAAGCCUGCACGUACUGAUCCACAACCCCAUCCCCAGCUUAGACCCUCACCCCAUGAGCUGGCCCCUUCAGAGGAGGUCCCGCCCAGGGUUCCUGUCAGGACUACGUCAAGGUCCCCGGUGUUGUCAAGGCGAGACUCGCCUCAUCACCAUGGCAACGCCUCACACAGCAGCCAUGCUGUGCAACGCAACGCUGCCAGUGCAGCGGAGCCUAGGCUGCUGUGGGAGCGAGUGGAGAAACUGGUUCCCAGGCCAACCAGUCACAGCGGCAGUGGAGGCUCCAGUUCCUCCAGCAGCUCCAGUAACUCCAGCUCUCAGGCCGGUUCUCACUGCGGCUCUGGAGAGAGGUUCAGGGCCCGCUCCUCAUCCAAAUCUGAGGGUUCGCCCCUCCAACGUCCAGAGAAUGCUGGGAAAAAACCAGAGGAGAGGAGGGACUUGGUCAGGCCAAACAGACCAGCGGACCUGACAGCUCUGGCCAAGGAGCUGCGUGCAGUGGAUGAUGUUCGUCCCCCAAACAAGGUGACAGAUUAUUCAUCCUCCAGUGAAGAAUCAGACACCACUGAUGAAGAUGAUGAUGAAGAGGUAGACCAGGAGGCAGGUGAAGAGUCCACUUCUGGCCCGGAGGAUUCCAGAGCUGUCUCCUCCAGGCUGAGUAACGGCGAGACGGAGUCAGCGAAAACCAUGAUUGUGCACGAUGAAGGUGAGAGCGACGCUGGCUCGACGCCCUGCAAAGACAGCACGCUGAUCGUCAGACAGAGUGCAGGUGACAACAGAAAGCGUCCAAGCCCCGGCCCGGGUCAAACUCAGACCCCUGGCCUACUUGCAGGCUUUGCCCCAAGUCCCGGGUCAGGCCCGGGCCUGGGCCACCACACCCCCAGCCCCCACCAUCAUCAUCACCACCACCACCACCAUCACCCCACACAGCACACGGACAGAAACGGCUUUGCUGGCCGCAUCCACCAUCUCCCAGACCUGAUCCAGCAGAGCCACCAUUCCUCCCCCUCUUCCACUGCAUCCAACUCCCCUUCCUCUUCCAGCCUUGCAAGCCCUUCCUCCAUGUCCCCUCAGAGUCCCUUGGACAAGCUCAGCAUCCUCACGGAGAGCCAGUCUAGUAACAACAUGCAGAAACACAAGUCCUCCUCCUCCUUCACCCCAUUCAUCGACCCACGUCUCCUCCAAGUCUCUCCAUCCACCGGCAGCGCCCUUAACAACAUUGGCUACGGGAACGACGCCCGGCUGGCAGAGGCGCUGAGGGCUGACCCAUCUCGGAAAGGCUCCGUGGUAAACGUCAACCCGGUAAACACUCGCCCGCAGAGCGACACACCAGAGAUCCGCAAAUACAAGAAGAGGUUCAACUCUGAGAUCCUGUGUGCUGCGCUGUGGGGAGUAAACCUGUUGGUGGGAACAGAGAGCGGUUUGAUGCUGCUGGACCGCAGCGGUCAGGGGAAAGUCUACCCUCUGAUCAACCGACGGCGCUUCCAGCAGAUGGAUGUCCUGGAGGGACUGAAUGUCCUUGUCACUAUAUCAGGUAAGAAAAACAAGCUGCGUGUGUAUUACCUGUCCUGGCUGAGGAACAAGAUCCUGCACAAUGACCCUGAGGUGGAGAAGAAACAGGGUUGGACCACCGUAGGUGACCUGGAGGGCUGCGUCCACUACAAAGUUGUAAAAUAUGAGAGGAUCAAAUUCUUGGUUCUGGCUCUGAAGAACUCUGUGGAGGUCUACGCCUGGGCACCCAAGCCCUACCACAAGUUCAUGGCCUUCAAGUCUUUUGGUGACCUGGUGCACAAGCCCCUGCUGGUCGACCUCACCGUUGAGGAAGGUCAAAGGUUAAAGGUCAUCUAUGGCUCAUGUUCAGGCUUCCACGCCGUGGAUGUCGACUCUGGCGCUGUCUACGACAUCUACUUACCAACCCACAUCCAGACUAGUAUCCAGUCUCACGCCAUCAUCAUCCUGCCCAACACUGAUGGCAUCGAGCUUCUGGUGUGCUACGAAGACGAGGGUGUUUACGUCAACACCUAUGGACGCAUCACCAAGGAUGUGGUGCUGCAAUGGGGGGAGAUGCCAACCUCCGUGGCCUACAUUCGUUCCAACCAGAUCAUGGGUUGGGGAGAGAAGGCCAUAGAGAUCCGCUCAGUGGAGACCGGUCAUCUGGAUGGCGUCUUCAUGCACAAGAGAGCCCAGAGACUCAAGUUCCUCUGUGAAAGAAAUGACAAGGUGUUUUUUGCCUCCGUUCGAUCUGGAGGAUCCAGCCAGGUCUACUUUAUGACUUUGGGCCGAAGCAACCUGCUCAGCUGGUAGAGGUCCGUACCCCACCCUCUUACUCCUCCUUCUCCUCAUCCUCCUCGUUGUCCUCCACCCUCACUAACACUGGAUCUCAGAACCCACCGUCGAAGUCUUGUCAGCACUCGGGACAACCAAAAGAGAACAAAAACAACAACCGACCAGCCCUUCGAAGCAGCCGACAACAAUGACUUCACAGUUCCUCCGGAGCCAAACUGUGGCUCAGUCUGUCAAGUCACGCAGUUGUCGCCCUCUGAAAUACCUGAAGUGACGACUUGUGUACAACAUGAAAUCCAUGAUUAAUUAAUAUAUGAAAGAAAGUUGAAAUAAAUUAAAUGUGAAUUUGAGAAAAGGGGGCAAACAAUUUCUUGUUUCCCCUCUCCGUUUUCUUGGUGCUCAUCAGAUUGCGAUGGGACAGAUUUUGUACCUCUGCAUCAUUUCUGUGCUCCUGGGCUGGUCAGUAAUCUUGAGGUCUUCUAACUACUAGUACUGCUAUCACUCUUAUUACUACUACUGCAACUACCUUCUGCAGGUCUGCCUCUCGUGGGAGAGCUCCCUUUCUGCCCCAUGCUCCUGCCCCUCCGCCCUUUCUUAAGAGCGUUUAAUGGGGCCCGACGACGUGGGGGUCUGUUGUAUUAAUGCUACAGUAGUGUGUGUAAAUGUACUUCUGUUUGGUCCAAUUACUGCUGACACGCUGGUUAGUGGUCGAGACGGUCAGCCAUGGGUAAAUUGUAAAACCCCGCAGCCUGAGUGGCUCGUCACAGUAACAAGCAGGCAAGAGGGGCCUAAUAUCUGAGGUUCUACUGAAAGUCUGAUUGAUGGGACUCGACAGGAGGGGGUGUGUGUGUGUGUGUGUGUGUGUGUGUGUGUGUGUGUGUGUGUGUGUGUGUGUGUGUGUGUGUGUGUGUGUGUGUGCGUGUGUGUGUGUGUCGUUGAAGUAUUGUGUUGUUCGGACAGGUGCUUUAAAAAAGGGGAUGAUAAAUACGCUGAAGCAGAUGGAUUUCAGAAUAGUAUUUUUUGAAUUAUUACUGUUAUCAUUAUUAUGAUUAUUAUUAUUAUUCCUUGAAGAUAAGUGUAACUAUGUGGAGUGAAACAUGUCUUUAACCUUGUUUUUUAAGAUUUAUGCACAUCCACCCACAGUCCGCAGUUUGCUUGCUUUUUCUCUUAUCCCAGAAGUACAAAGGUGUGUUUGUCUAAGAAGAACACGAUGUGGGUGUGGUCCAAAAAACUAAAUAAAAUUGUCUUUGUAUAAUAAGAGUUCAUUUAAUCUUCCAGAUCAGUGGUCAAUGUUUUUCCCCCACGGGUGAAACAUGACAAGCUCAUCUCUGGUAGGGCGGUCAGCCAGUGUUUCUCAACUCGAGAAACUUGAACUGCUGUGAACAGUCAGAUCUAAAAUGGAAAAAAUAAAAAAUAAAAAAAAAAAGAAAACGAUAAUGGAGUUGAGGAGGAGUAAAGUAGACGAGAGAGUUCAGUAUGUGUGUGUGCUUGUGCAGUCAGAGAGUUGAGUGUCAGACAAAUUUGAUUUUCGUGGCAGAGAGGUAAACGCAUGGUCAGCAGGUUUGUUUCAGCAGAGUUUUCCUGGAAGGUGAUUUUCCAUUUCAUUCUUUCAAAUCACUUCAUUUUUCAUUUGUGUGAAUGCAAUGCACUAAGUGUCAAGAAUGUAGAACGACAUAUUACUGUGUGGUGGUCCAAGGCAUGAGAUGAUGUUUUUGCUUUGUAUCUUGUCACAAGUGAUCAGACCUAGAUGUUCAAUUUCAAGUUAAGACGAUUGAAAGCUGCAGCAAUGGAGCGUCGACGUCAGUUGUAGAUAUUUUCUGGGGGAAGCGUUCUGUUAUUUGUUUUGCAACAUUUUCUGCAGCUGUGAGAAUCUGUGUGGGAGCAAACGUGAGUGCGUCAGAGCUGAGGAGGGUUUUCUGGCAUCCUGCAAGUUCUUCUCGCAUAUGUCAGGCACUCGUUUCCAUCAAACAAGGAUGUAAACCUCAUUGUUUCAGCACUCAGACUCUGAAUUUCAGUGUUACUGUGAUGAAGUUGCACAACUUACACGGAGCGGAACAAUUUCCUCACUCGACUCUUUGUGAAGAAAGUGAUGACGGAAACCCACAUUUUCGGGAAGGAAUUCUAUUCUGUAUGUUGUGCCCCCCGCCCCCCACUUUCUGCUCCAGCUAUUAUUUAAGUUUUGUUUGUAUAUGUGAAAGACUGAGCAGCAAACUGCAGCAUCGAUCUCCUUCAGGCCGGCAUCUGCCGAGCUGGACUUUUCUGUUUCCACAGCGACUCUGCACAUUGUUCACUGAAAACAGGGACAAAGGAGAGUCCAAUUUGUGCUUUUCAUUUCACAUCCAAACGCGUUCUCGUCACAAGCAAAGAAAGUUUACCUUGGGCGUGUUUUUUUUUUUCCCCCUUGACCAUAACGAUUACAACAACAAGCGGUGUUUUGACCCCUGAAAAGGUUACUGCCAGUCACUCAGUAACAGUUCCUGUCAUAAACUUCUUUCCUCCCCUCGUGCAGAGAAGCCGUUUGGACCCCAAUGCCGUGUCGUCUGAGGUCUGUGUGUGCAGUAGUACCUGGUGUGUGUCUCUUAUUGCAUCAAGGCCUUGAUGAGUGGCUGUAUUGUCUUCAUGAAAAAAAAACUGUCGUUACUAUUGAUAUUCUUAAUGGGCUUAAAAAAAAAAAAAGGAUGCGAUAUAAGUCUGUAUUUGAGAUAAAGCAGUCGCUUGCCAACUCACAUUGGUAAAAAUUCCAGAAAGGCAACAUUUAUUAACAUGUAAACCUAUUGUCAUGAAAACCACUACUUGGAAAUCCUUUUUGACAAACAUCACUUGAAGCAUUGUGUAUUACGUUUUAGCGCUAGUCGAGAAGCUUAACAAUAGUUUCUGUGGUUUCUGUAAGUCUAUGUACACGUAAAUAUGCGACUGUGGUGGUUUAAUAUUAUUAUGCUCACCUUAGGUGGAGAAAAUGUUUACAGAGGUAAUGUUUUGUUACACUAAUGUGCAUCUUCGGUAUUUAUGUUUAAUGCAUUUGCGUCUUGGUUCUUUCAUUGUUUGUUUUUUUUUUGAGCCCAGUUUUUAUUGGAUAUUUUCUUCUUUUUUUUUUUUUUGUCAUCUCCACCUGCCCCGCUUGAUAACCGACUUACAAAACAAGAAAGAACACAAAUGUUGUUCAUUUCAGGUAUUCCCCUAGCGCUGCUUAAACAUGGAAACAUUGCAGUUGAGUUCCCUGCAGGCUUGGAUGUGAGGUGACGUGUGUUUCCUCUGCUGUUUCUGCCAUGCUACUCUAACUUAUGUCCUCUCUGUGUAUGACAGGAAGUCAUGUAUUUUCCUGAAGGUUUUUUUUUUUUUUCUUUGAAUAAACUUUAAAAGUAAUUUUAAA